AUUGUGCGUGUGUGUGCGCGCGCGUGUGUGUGUGUAGGGUCAUGGUCUGUAAGCUCAUUGAGCUGUGUUUCAGGGCACAGAAUUAAAGUAGCUAAAGCUGCACACUCCCCCUCCCUUCCCCUCUCUACCCCUCUCCCUCCUCUACCCCUCCCUCUAGUGAGUGGAUGAGGGGUCAGGAGCGCAAGGGCUGAUGCUGCUCCACUGCCUCCAGACAGGACAAAGAAAGGAUGUCCACAACUCUGGAGCAGCUGAUUCCCAGGGCACCAAAGACACGUUAAUCAAAUCUGCUACAGAAAGCUACCUAGCGCAGAACAGACAGACAUUCAUAGAGAACUGUGUUACACAGAUUCAAGUCAACCCAGUUGAAGGGGGGCUAGGCAGAGCGGACUGAGGUCUGUAACUACUGAGGUUUCCAGUAGCAUACUGGAAGAGUGUUGUGGACCACAGCUGCACCUCCCCCCUGGUAUGGAGCGUGGGGAGGGUUCACGACGAUCAGGAGAUGUCACUCCCAGAGAGAGCAGCCCUUUCAUCAACAACACUGACCAAGACCAAGAAAACUACUACGAUGGCAAAAACAUGGCUCUCUUUGAGGAAGAGAUUGAGAGCAACCCCAUGGUGUCCUCCCUCCUCAACAAGCUGGCUAACUACACCAACCUCACCCAGGGGGUCACUGAGCAUGAGGAGUAUGAAAAUGAGGAGGGGGUUACAAAGAUUAGAGUCAAGAGUCCUCAGAUGGGCACAUUCAUCGGCGUGUACCUGCCCUGCAUGCAGAACAUCCUGGGAGUCAUCCUCUUCCUGCGUCUCACCUGGAUCGUUGGCACUGCCGGCAUUUUGGAGUCUUUCGCCAUUGUCGUCAUGUGUUGCACCUGUACCAUGCUGACAGCGAUAUCCAUGAGUGCUAUUGCAACAAAUGGGGUAGUGCCAGCCGGAGGCUCCUACUACAUGAUCUCCAGGUCUUUGGGACCAGAGUUUGGUGGGGCUGUGGGCUUGUGUUUUUACCUGGGAACCACAUUCGCUGGCUCCAUGUACAUCCUGGGUACCAUUGAGAUCCUUCUGACGUACAUCGUGCCGAACGCUGCAGUGUUUGUGGCGGAGAAGAAGGAGGGCGAGGCGGAGGCCAUGCUGAAUAACAUGCGUGUGUACGGGACUUGCUGCCUGGCUCUCAUGGCUCUGGUGGUGUUUGUGGGAGUCAAAUAUGUCAACAAGCUGGCCCUGGUCUUCCUGGCCUGUGUGGUGCUCUCCAUCAUGGCCAUCUACGCCGGAGUCAUCAAGACCGUCAUAGAACCACCAGACUUCCCAAUAUGUCUCCUGGGGAACCGUUCCUUACAGAACCACAACUUUGAGAAGUGUGUGAAGACAGAGGUGAUCAAGAACGUGACGUACACCACUAAGCUGUGGGAGCUGUUCUGUGACAGCCACCACCUCAACGCCACCUGUGAUGAGUACUUCACCCUGAACAACGUCACUGAGAUCCAGGGCAUCCCAGGCCUGCUCAGUGGGGUCAUCAAAGACAACAUGUGGGGGGACUACGGGCCCAGUGGGAUGCUGGUAGAGAAGAAGAGGCAGUCAUCUGUUCCAGCCCAGGAUAACUCCAGAGAUAUCUACAUGCCUUACGUCUUCAACGACAUCUCCACCUUCUUCACUCUGCUGGUGGGAAUCUACUUCCCCUCCGUCACAGGAAUCAUGGCGGGCUCCAACAGAUCUGGAGACCUCCGAGAUGCCCAGAGGUCUAUUCCUUUCGGCACCAUCCUGGCCAUAGCAACCACUUCUUUCAUUUACAUGACCUGUGUUGUGCUAUUUGGGGCCUGUAUCGAGGGUGUUGUUUUGAGAGACAAAUUUGGGGACUCUGUCAAGAAGAACUUGGUGAUUGGAACUCUGGCAUGGCCUUCUCCAUGGGUGAUCGUGAUUGGCUCCUUCUUCUCCUGCUGUGGGGCAGGGCUGCAGAGUCUUACUGGUGCCCCUCGUCUGCUGCAGGCCAUAGCACGUGACGGGAUUGUCCCCUUUCUGCAGGUGUUUGGUCAUGGUAAAGCCAAUGGGGAACCUACCUGGGCCCUCUUGAUGACCGCUGGGAUCUGUGAGAUUGGAAUCCUUAUUGCAUCACUGGAUGCUGUUGCCCCCAUUCUCUCAAUGUUUUUCCUGAUGUGCUACCUGUUUGUCAACCUGGCCUGUGCCGUCCAGACACUACUCCGCACUCCCAACUGGAGGCCCAGGUUUAAGUUCUACCAUUGGACGCUGUCAUUCCUGGGGAUGAGCCUGUGUGUCUCCCUCAUGUUCAUCUCCUCCUGGUACUACGCUCUGGUAGCCAUGUCUAUCGCUGGAUGCAUCUAUAAGUACAUUGAGUACAGAGGGGCAGAGAAGGAGUGGGGAGACGGGAUCAGAGGUCUCUCCCUGAACGCUGCCCGCUACGCUCUGAUCCGCCUGGAGGAAGUGCAGCCACACACUAAGAACUGGAGGCCUCAGUUACUGGUGCUACUGAAACUGGAUUCAGACUUGGGGGUGAAACACCCUCGUCUGCUGUCCUUUACCACCCAGCUGAAGGCAGGGAAAGGUCUGACCAUCGUCAGCUCUGUGUUGGAGGGCACCUACAUGACCCUGGGGGCUGAGGCCAAGAGCGCAGAGCAGAACGUCAAGUCGGCCAUGCACGCAGAACGUACCAAAGGUUUCUGCCACGUGGUGGUGUCCUCUAACCUGAGGGAUGGUUUCUCCCACCUGAUCCAGUCGGCAGGGCUGGGGGGCAUGAAACACAACGCCGUCCUCAUGGCCUGGCCAGGGGCCUGGAAACAGGCUGAGGACUCCUACCCCUGGAAGAACUUCAUUGAGACGGUGAGAGAGACAACGUCAGCCCAUCAGGCCCUGCUGGUUGCUAAAAACAUUGACAAGUUCCCCAGCUCUGAGGACCGUCUGGGGGAGGGCACCAUAGAUGUGUGGUGGAUCGUCCAUGAUGGAGGCCUUCUCAUGCUGCUGCCUUUCUUACUGCGCCAACACAAGGUGUGGAGGAAGUGUAAGAUGCGUAUCUUCACCGUGGCUCAGAUGGAUGACAACAGUAUUCAGAUGAAGAAGGACCUGCAGAUGUUCCUUUACCACCUCCGUCUCAAUGCUGUAGUGGAGGUGGUCGAGAUGCACGAUAGUGACAUUGCAGCCUUCACCUAUGAGAAGACCCUGGUGAUGGAGCAGCGCUCUCAGAUGCUGAAACAGAUGCAGCUGUCCAGGAACGAGAGGGAGAGAGAGAUUCAGAGCAUCACAGACGAGUCGCGUAUCUCCAUCAAGAGGAAGAAGUCAUCAGUGGUGGAGACACUAAAGGCCCCAAACACACUACAGGUCCCAAGCCUGUCCAUAUCCAGGGACAUGCGUGAGGAUGAGGAGGCUCACCUGAUCACUAAACUGGGCACUAAGUCGCACGGCAACCUCAACGACAACGCUACCGCCACGCCCGACCACCGCGUCCACAUGACCUGGACCAAAGACAAGCUGAUCACCGAGAGGAACCGUAACCGCAGCGAACCCAACGUGGGCGUGAAGGACCUGUUUAAUAUGAAACCCGAGUGGGAGAGUCUGAACCAGUCUAAUGUUCGGAGGAUGCACACCGCGGUCAAGUUGAAUGAGGUUGUGGUCAACAAGUCCCAAGGUGCUCAGCUGGUGCUGCUGAACAUGCCUGGGCCGCCCAAAACCAAGGGAGGAGAUGAGAAUUACAUGGAGUUCCUGGAGGUUCUUAUGGAUGGGCUGGACCGGGUGCUACUGGUGCGUGGCGGAGGCAGGGAGGUGAUCACCAUCUAUUCUUAGCGCCAGCAGACACAGGGCGGGCAUGGUGCAGCCUCAGAGCCUUCGGUGUGGCCGGCCAGCCAAGUGGCUGGGCCUCAGCCUCUGCCACAGUGCCAGGAGAGGAGCUGGGCGCCCCCUACAGUAUGGGAGGACAGUAGGGGGCUACCUCCACUCUUAGAGCAGGCUGAGCACACACUGCUGCUGACUGGUGGAGGACAUCAGAGGGCACUCUGGAUCAUCCUCCCUUUUUAUUUCUUGUCAUAUUCCUUUCAGGUUUCCCAUGUCAGUCGUUAUGAAUAGGAGUUGUUUCAGUAGAACAAAGUGCAUGAGUAAUGAUAUUAGAUUAGAUAGAGACGUCCUCGGAUGACAUAGCUCAGGGCACUAAUGCAGUAUGGUCUAGUCCAGUGAUUCCCAAAUUGUGGUGCGAGCGAGGAGUCAGCGGGGGAGGGGGGCGCAGUAAACUAUACUGCAUUAGUGCCCUGAGCUAUGAGCAGAGGAUGUCUCUGUUGACAUAGCCCCCCACUCUGUCCGGCUUUCAACUUACUCUUGAAAGUUGUAAUAGUAGAAUGCCCAAGUUGCAAUUUCAUUGGGUAGUAAUGCAUUGGGUAUUUUUCCUCUUGUCAUUGCAUACCUUAGAGAGCUAUUUAUAACUUGUCAUAAAUGUCCAGAUCAACUAGCUCAUGGCAGCUAAUGGUUUUUAGCUUUUGCCCAUAGAAAUAGACUUGGCACCCGUGCAGGAUGUUCCCCAAUGCCGGAAUGAAAAGGUUUGGGAACCCCUGGUCUAGCCUUUAGCUGAUAUGGGAUGUAGCUUGUAAGUUCAGAUGGUAGACAGGUGUUUAAAUAGCAGGUUGGGCAGCCUACUGCAGUUGUGCCCUUGAGCGAGCCAUUUUCCAUGAAUCGCCUCAGUAUCCAGUUGUGUAUAUGAGCCAUUUGUGCAAAACAUAACGAAUUAUGAAAUGAUUAAAUGUCCUCACAAAUUUCACUUUGAGCACAAUUUUCUAUUAUCGGAAUACAGUAUUGUCAUGUCAAUUUGAUGAAAUACACAAUGGCAUAGGGAGGCCACAAUACAAAUAUGUAGUUUUGUUACACUAAAUUAGAUUGGUUAUGUUUUAUUUUACAGUACUAUUUAAGGUAAUUAUUAAGUAACUGUUAUGUAAUUACAUUUUUUUCCCAUAGAAUGUCUGUAUAAAUACCUGAUAAAACAGCUUUAAAAUAAAGCCAUAGCCAGGAGAUAUGGAUAUGCUAUACACAAUAGUUUUGUAUUUGAAACAGUUCUCACCAAAGCAAAGCUCUUGAGAUUUUUGUGGUCCAUUGUGGUGACCAAACUUAAUAUGCUGUACAUUAAGAUAAUCACCAGGCUUCAUUUGAUCUAAUCAAAUGACGGGCCUUUAUGGUUUGGAUUCUGUGUCAGAGAUGAGGCAGAACAGAAGUCAAACUGUACAUUCUGAUCCUCGAAUGUCUAUGGGUGCGUCCCAAAUGGCACCCUAUUCCCUAUUUAGUGCACUACUUUUGACCAGAGCCCUACAGAUGAGGGAUCUUAAUUUGAGCCAGUUUGCUACAGCAUGAAAAUAGUCCUGCAGCAACAGGACAUGUGAAUUAUUAUGUGGCUUAUAAUUAAUGGACAUUUUUGUAGGGGUUGAUACAUUUUUCAGAAGGGAAAAUCAAGUCUGAAAUUUCAAAGUGUAAAUUACAAACUUUAGAAGCCUUUUUAAACCUUAAAUACACUUUUACAUUUCCUGCAUUGUAGGAAAGUUCUCCUGCAACAGAGUCAUCAAAUUAAGAUCCUACAUCUGUAUCAGCUCUGGUCAAAAGUAAGGCACUAUAUAUGAAAUAGAGUGCAAUUUGGGAGGCAGCCUAUCAUUUAGGUGUUAUAUGGGGAAUGAACUGUACAGUACAUUGGGUUAUACUGAAUAGUGUAUAACCGAGUGACAUAGUAUCCAUGUCAUGUCACAUUUUGCUGCACAGCAUGACAUGUGUGUGUUGGCUAGUGCAACAUUAGACUUACUGCACUGUAUGCAUUAUUGAUUCCUUUUUCAAUUCACUAAAUCAGGUGACUGACUACUUCUGCUGUUUACAUAUCACAGUGUAUUAGGAAACAUAGUACCUUAUUUAAUUGUCUGUGUUGCUGUGUACUGUGCUCACCAACUGUGUAGCAGCAAAACGUCAGAUUCCAACAGUACAUGUACACUUAAAUAGGAAAGCAGCCAUUGUGUGUCGAUAUUGAGAUCAUUCAUGUUUCUUGUAUUGAUGUAUUUAAUGUACAGUGACUGUCUGCACUCUGUCAACAGAUGUUGGAUGUGAAUUCCUGUGCUUCAUGUGGGAUACUGUAAACGUUUAUUUAUGUCCCCAUUGAGUAUUGCAGGUAAACAUAGGACUAUGGGGUCGACAUUAUUGUACUCUCCACCAAUGCUUAUGCUGUCUACAGUACCUACCUAAAUGUUUGUUUCAGUGCAAUCUCGUGAGGUUAUACUGUGUUUUGAGGGAGCCUGUAUGUGUCUGCGGUCUGCACCAUAUGAAAUUAUGCAAGACAUACUGUAUGUUAUUUGUCACUAAGAUUUAGCUGAUGUUGUUUUUAAUAAUAAGUGUCAGCUGAAUAUGCAAGAACUAUACGACUAUGACCUGCUCUAUGACAUGGUGUCUAAAUCCAUCAUUUAAGACAGAUGGUAGAUGAAUGCAAAGAUUGUGUUGCACUAUUUUGUAUUAAACUAUAGAUUUAUUUGACGGUAUUAUAUAUUGCUGUCCUAUUAUAUUCUGUAAUCCACCUUAAAGAAAUCCAGUGGGAGAUAAAGUACAAACAUGUCAGCUGAUUCUCCUCGUAUGAUAUGUACUGAUACGAACCCUAUAGGUUCAGAUGUGCCAAAGAUAUUUUGAAUGAAUGAAUGACUGAGCUAAUGUAUUUAAAUUUAAAGUUAACAGCAUAUCAUAAUAGUAUAGAGUAUGUAAUAUCUGAUAUCUCUAAGUAUACUCUUAAGACUCAUUUACUCGUCCAUAGUAAGUGUUUAUUGAAAACUAAAAUGAGAAAUGUAAGUAUGGUUUUCCCUCUACAUCAACAAUCCGUAGGCAGUAUAAUAUUUAUUGUUUCCUUUCAUCUUCUGUAACUUUUUUCUUCCUUUUUUGUAAAUUGUAUUGAGAAAAUAGACUGUUUGAGGAGACUUGACUGUUGGAGUUUGAGAAAAUGUAUGAAUUUGCUGAAACUUGACUGUUGGCAUUUUAGAAAAUUGUCCUUACCAUUUCAUAACGUGUGAUUCCACUGUUUAGGAAUAAACAAGCUACAGCCUACAUA